AUGGGAAAAAAAAAUAGCCCAGCCACCCCGCAGUCCCGCACGACCUUUGCCUCCUCGAUCCCACCUCGACAUCCAUCUCGCCGCCACCUCCUGCUCCGCCCCGCCGUGCGCCGCCCGCCGCCACCGUGCCUGCGCCGCCGUCCCCCGUAUCGACUCCGCUGUCCGAAUCCCGCCGCCGCCGCGCCUGCGCCGCCGUCCCCAGUAUCCACGCCGGCCUCCAAGAAGCACCGGACGUCGUCCCCCUUCUUCCCCUUCUCCACGCCCAGCCCCGGCCCGGCGCACCACCUCUUCUCCUCCUCCUCCGUGGCCUCCCCCAGGGCCUCCUCCAAGUCCCCCGCCCCGGCGGGCCCCAAGUCCCCGGCGCCCGCCACCCCGGCCAGGCGCCUCCUGCGCCUGCCCUUCCCGCCGCCCUCGCCCGCCAAGCACAUCCGCCAGGCGCUCGCUAGGAGGCACGUCUCGCCGCGCCCGGCGAUCCCCGAGGAGGACGGCGACGGCGGAAGGGGCCUCGACAAGGGCUUCGGCUUCAACAAGGGCUUCGCCGCCAAGUACGACCUCGGGGACGAGGUCGGGAGGGGCCACUUCGGCUACACCUGCGCCGCCAAGAUCAGGAAGGGGGCGCGCAAGGGGGACGCCGUCGCCGUCAAGCUCAUCCCCAAGGCCAAGGUUUGAAGGCGCCUGACAAGCCCAUCGUCGCGCCGCCGACCUGCUGAAAUUCGAGGUCGGCACCCGUGCGAACUCAGGUAACCUUGGUCGUGCUUGACAGGUAUUGUUACAUCAUCUCAGUUUCUUCAUUUUAUCAAAAAAAAUCUCAGUUUCUUCAGAUUGACAUGGUCAGCCAUGUACUAAAAAUGUGAUGCUGUUUCUGUAGUUAGACUUUUAAAUAGCAAGUGGGGUAUGUGUGUGUUGCAUCUGAUGUGCGCGAGCUCAACCUGGUGAGCUCCUGGGAGAAGAAAAAAGGAGCCACAACAGCCCUGGCGAGCUCGAGAUGACGACGGUGCCACAGGUGGUGUGGGAGAGGAGAUGGUCUCCAUCCAAGGUCCGAGGACCAGCCAUGACGUCGAGCUGCUGCAGCUUGGAGUCAGGAGGGUAUUCGCACCCCGGCGUGUCCCAGUACGUGCUUUGGAAGAGACACGCAUCAAUCUCAACAGACCCUGAUGCGUCCACAUUAUUUGUUUCUGAAACAAAUAGCAGCUCUCCGAUGUAGUAAGGAGAAACCAAGAAUGACAGAGCACCCUCGUGUCAAACUCAACACACCCUGGCAUUUCUCCAUUGUUUGAUUCAGAAACAGGCAGAAACAACUGCUAUAUUCUCUGAAUUUAUUUAAGGUUGUUUCUCUUAUUUCUAUUCCGAUGUGCAUGCAUCUUCCCUUGCUAUCUUCCAUACACAUAUGUGCUACAACCAUGCCAUUUUGUCCUGUAAAUGCGCUACAGAUAUGUGCAACAAAGUAGUCUUCAUGUGCGAAGAAGCAAAGGGCUUUUAUGCGGCUAUGCCAUCAUGCUACAUGUUAGUUGGAAGUCCAAUCUCGGCUUGAUUACCGCUCUUUAAGCAAAAUUAUUAGUAACAGAUCUUAUCCUUGCUUGAACGAUUUUAGAAGCACAACUAUCAGUAUGUGCACUUAAUAAAAUGCAAGUCCGAAUGCAGAUGCUGAAAAAAUAUUUUGGAAAUUAUACAUUAUUCAGUCUCCCAGUUUGUGAUUUGCUUUUUGUUUGUGUUGUCCAGAAAUGUACAAAGGACUGACAUGUGUCAUCUAUAGCAUGCCCCCUUUGUCUGAAUGUUCAAGUAGAAGAGUUUCAUCUCAUUUGGCAAGGAGCACUGCAAUAAUACAUGCAACUCUUCACAGCUACUAACAUGAAGUUGCACUCAGGCUCUCGCAUGGACUAAAGAGUUAUUGUCGUUGUCCUGUGACAUGGAUCACUUGUUCCUCGAACUUCCCUGGCUGAAGGAGAAACUGGAGAAGUACAUUGACGAGGCCUCGGCGACUGGAUCAUGGAGCCCAAACGUGCUUCGCACCACCACAGAUGCUUGAUUGAAAGAAGGGUUGGAGCCUCGCUGCAUCACCAGGGAUUUGAAAUGGGACGUCCCUGUCCCACACGAGAAGUACAAGGAUAAGGUUUGCCAUCUGAGCACAUAGAGAUUCAUUGUGAAAAUUUAUCUCUCUCCAUGUUGUAUUAAUGUUUGUCCAUGUGAUGAACCGUUCCCAAUUAGCUUGGCCAUAUGCAUUAGUCAUGAUUUGCUACUGAUUCUUUUUGGUUCAUUAUGUAUCUUUGACUAUCCAACUCCAUGGACAUGUUUUUAUUUUCCUGUUCUGUCUUGAGAGCACACAUGUGGAGUUGUGCAGGGCAUGUUGAGCUGUACAGGGAGUAUAUAUCUAUUGAGUUCUGCGGUUAUUUUCAAUUUCGAUGGUGGAAACGAUUUAAGGAUAAGUUGGCGGAAUGCCUCGAAGAUGUUUUAUAAGCUUUAAAAAUAGUGGAUGGUCCGAGGAUCCUGUGGCAUGCUCUGAUUUGUUUCAGAGUUCGGAUGUUUCGAUGAUGUGCAUCGUGUGCUUCCGAGGCAGCAGAAGGUUGUACACAUAUCAACGUCUAUGGGUGAAGAUAUCCUACCAUAUCUAGAACCUGUUUGAUAUGCAGAUUAGUCAAGCUUUUGCAGAGCAGUCCUCAUAAGCUGCAAGAUACAUGCAUGUCUGCAAUUCUGGUUUUGUAGCAGCUGCUAUAGAACAGGAUUUUAUCCCAUAUCCAGAGAAGGUUCUUGAAAUGAGGAAAGGCUUUAUUGUGCUUGGCAAGGAUGAUGAUUUUUGUGCAUGAGCUAGGACUAGCAACAGCAGUUGGCAGAACCAGGAUGGAAGUCAUAUUGCCUCCUUUUAUUGAAGCUGCUAUUUCAGGUUUUGGGUUGGAUUAUAGCGAGCUAAUGUAGUACGUUCAUAUAUUGGUCACUUGUGGAUUGCAGAUUUAAGAAUAUGAAUUCUAUUGAGAUUGAGGCAGCCUAAUAAGUGGAAGAAAAUAUUAGAAAUUGCAUGGCAGCCAGAGUGAGGUAUGUUUUUCAUGUCCAACUUUCAAUUUAGUAUGUUCUCAUUUUGAUUGUAGUUGGUAAUUGUACGGCCAUAUAGUCAUAUCUCUACUAUUAAAGGGGAUUAGGUAUGCCGUUUCGUUCGUUCAUAUCGUUACCUCAUCA